AUGAAAGCGGAAGAGUGCAAUGGGAGUUUUGAGAAGUCAUCAGCAAAUCUUGUUAUUAACACGCAGGCUCGCAAAUUAUCAUCUACUGGACUUGAUGCGUCGCUCAACACGGUGUCAUUAUGGAAGAGAGACAGUAUAGAUUUGAAUCGCUCUCCACCAAAAUCGCCUUCUCCACCAUUGGAAGGCAUAGAUACCGGAGAAGUAUCCUCAACGUAUAAGGCAAAUCCAAGCAGCACAAAUGAUCCAGAGAACGCUUCAUCUGCCGCUGAAAAAGUGAAGAGAAGGCGUGCCCAAGUUAAUAAAGCAGUACGAAAGUAUAAUAAAAAGUUUACUGCAGAAGGUCAAAAAAAAGCAAAAGAAACGAUGAACUCAACCGAAUACGAAAAGUAUAUUAAUCUGUAUAAAAAGAUCAAAAAAAGAAAUAUGAAUCGUGAUAGAAGUUAUGUUGAAAGACAAAAACGAUUACGAGAACAAGGGGAUCCAGCCGCUAUCGCGACUCAUGCCAAAAAGUUAACCAAUUUCCUAGCUUGGUAUCAUAAAGGUGGAAAGCAAAAGAUAGCUGCAAGAUCGGCAGAGAAGCGCAAAGACGAUCAAGGUAAACCGCCUCUGUUCUCCAAAAGGGCCUUGCAGGGCGAAUCUUUCACUGCUGAGCAGGAUGCUAGACCAAAAGACCGUGAACAAAUACAAAAGAUGAUUCAAUUAAAGAAGAGAAAGGCUGUAUGUCAAAAAUUACAUCGUAGCAGUAUGUCUAAGAAAGCGGAAAAGGAAGCGGAAAAAGUAUUGCCACCAGAAGAAUUCAAAGAAUUGCAAGGCAAGAUCAAAGACUUCAGAACGAAAAGACUAAUUGCUUCAAAAGAGAAUUAUCAGCGUAGAAAAGCGAAAAGACUCGCAGGGGAUGAAGUAGCUAUACAGGCUUAUGCUCUCAAAUUGCAACGUAAGAGGGAUAGACAGGCAAAAUUGUCUGUAGGUAAAUUUCUUGCAGAUGGUAGAAGUCAGAGUAAGAAGAGCAAGACAGAAACUUCACAAGAGACAUCAAAAGUGCGGUCUUAUGGAGCUGCAGAAGAUUUUGUGGAUACAGAAUUACGUCUAUUUCGUCGAGGAGAGGGAGAAACACUACACUCGCCACCCGAGACGAGCUUUUACUUCGAGAGAGAGCCAUCAUUGCUGAAAAGAACGGACAUAAACUUAAACAUUCCAUUAGAAGCCUCUCCAGCUGUAGAAAGUGUUCCGAGCAGUUCUGCAGUUUCUGCAGAGAUACAACCCAAGAAAAGGCGGAAACGUCAUUACGAGCAAUUCACCAAAAAGGCGGAAGAGGAGGCACGAAAUAAGUUCUCCAAAGAAGAAUUUGAAAAUUAUCAAAAACGACUUCAGGACUAUCGCCAAAAACGCUCAGGGUACGGUAUGGCAAGAAGUGCUCGUAUAAGAAUCGCAAGACAGACUGGUGAUAAAAAAUCGACCGAAGUUUAUACCAAACGCUUAGAACGCAAAAAGAAGCGUUAUCAUCAAGGUGCUUUGGGAGCCUUUCUCGCUACUGAUUCCUUACCUCAACAUGAUCACCAAAAUGCAAAAUUAUCCGAUGCUGAUCUACAUACCUUGUUAAAGCAACCUUUAGAUCAUUCAUCAAAGAAAUAUGUUGAACGAAAACUUUUUGAUCGACAGAAAAAACGAGUAACAUAUACGGAAAAUAUGAAGCUGUAUAGAAGCGGCGAUCCAAAGGGCAAGGAAUGGUACGAGAAAAAGAAGGAAGCUUCUCGUAUUGCCAUGGCAAAGUAUAACGCAGUAAGAAAGCAAUCUAAGCAAAGCGGUUCCUCGGCUGCCAAAACGGAUUAG